ACAUUUGAACAUGGGAUUUAGAUUUCAGUGACUGGCAGCAGAAUCCAAUAGAAAUGAAAGGAGAGACACACAUGAAAUUUUAAAGUUCUUAGCAGCCACCUUAAAAGGUGAAAAUACACAAGAAUCUGGCCAGACGUGGUACUCACACCUGUAAUCCCAGCACUUUGGGAGGCUGAGGUCGGCAGCUCACUGGAGGUCAGGAGUUCAAGACCAACCUAGACAGCAUGGUGAAACCCCUCUCUACUAAAAAAAAAAAAAAAGAAAGAAAAAAAUACAAAAGUUGGCCAGGUGUGAUGGUGGGCACCUGUAGUCCCAGCUACUUGGGAGGCUGAGGCAGGAGAAUCGCUUGAACCAGGGAGGCAGAGGUUGCAAUGAGCCAAGAUUGAGCCACCGCACUCCACCCUGGGCAACAGAGCAAGACUCUGUCUCAGAAAAAAAAAGAUACAAGAAACUAAUUGAAAUACAGUAAUGCAUGUUAGUGAAUCCAGUAUAUCCAAUGUAUUAUCAUUUUGACAUGUAAUUACUGUGAAGUUUGUUGAGAUAUUUAUGUGUUUUUCCCUCAUGCUGGGUCUUCAGCGUGUCUUUUACAUUUGGAGCCCAUCCCUGCUUGGGCCGGCCAUGUUUUCAGCGCUAGAAGCAAAUGGCCCAGGCCGGGGAGGCUGAAAUUAGGAGAGGAGGCCGGGAGCAGUGACACCUGGGGAUCAGCACAGCCAGUGAAGUGACAAUGACCCCAGGAGGGGAGGAGCAGGCAGUUCUUAUCUGUGAGGUGCAGUGUCAAGUCUUAUAACAGGGAGCACAAGUGCUGGGGGUUUUUAGGGAGGAGAAAGUUCUAGAAGGAAGCAAAGAGAAACAUCUACCACCCUGGCAUAUGACUGGUGUAUGAGGUGAAUGGGAAGAGAAAAGUCCUGGGGCUGGGUGUGGUGGCUCACACCUGUAAUCCCGGCACUUUGGGAGGCCGAGGCAGGUGGAUCACCUGAGGUCAGGAGUUCGAGACCAGCCUGGCCAACAUGGAGAAACCCUGCCUCUACUAAAAAUACAAAAAGUUAGCCGGGUGUAGUGGUACAUGCCUGUAAUCCCAGCUACUUGGGAGGCUGAGGCAGGAGAAUUGCUUGAACUGGGGGGCAGAGAUUGCAGUGAGCGAAGAUCACUCCACUCCACUCCAGCCUAGGCAGCAAGAGUGAACCUCCAUCUCAAAAAAAAAGAAAAGAAAAGAAAAGUCCUCACUGGAAAGGUUAGGCAGGCAGGAAGCAGGUCCCAUUUAGAACAAGAAAGUAGAAGAAACUCCUGGAGCAGAGGUGGAGGGAAUGGGAGGUUUCACGGCUGACCAGCGGGGAGCCCAGGCCACUGGAGGAAGGUUUCAGAAGUCUGGGCAGGAAAGGAGGGUAAACACAGCUGUUUGGAGUCAGCCGUGGGUGAUGGGGGGCCUUGAGGUUACUCUGGGUUUUCUGUGGGUGCAAUGGACUGAAUGUUUGUGUCCCCUCCAAAUUCCUAUGUUGAAAACCUAAUCCCCCAAAUGAUGGGAUUAGGAGGUGGGGCCUCUGGGAGGUGAUUAGGUCGUGGGGGUGGAGCCCACAUGGGUGGGGAUUAGUGCCCUUAUAAAAGGGACCCCCAGCCACUUCCUCCCUCUCUUGCCACCGUGAGAGGAGACCAUAAAGAGGCGGACAGCUGUGUAGACGCCGGAUCUGCUGGUGCCUUGAUUUUGGACCUCAGCCUCCAGAACUGUCCAUGCCACAAACGGCGGGCGAGCAGCUGCUGUGCCCAGCUGGGGUCCCUGUCGGCCCUGAAGCAUGCUGUCCUGGGGCUUUACCUGCUGGUCUUCCUGAUUCUAGUGGGCAUCUUCAUCUUAGCAGUGUCCAGGCCGCGCAGCUCUCCUGACGACCUGAAGGCCCUGACCCGCAACGUGAACCGGCUGAAUGAGAGCUUCCGGGACUUGCAGCUGCGGCUGCUGCAGGCUCCACUGCAGGCGGACCUGACGGAGCAGGUGUGGAAGGUGCAGGACACGCUGCAGAACCAGUCGGACUCGCUGCUGGCGCUGGCGGGCGCGGUGCAGCGGCUGGAGGGCGCGCUGUGGGGGCUGCAGGCGCAGGCGGUGCAGACGGAGCAGGCGGUGGCCCUGCUGCGUGACCGCACGGGCCAGCAGAGCGACGCGGCGCAGCUGGAGCUGUACCAGUUGCAGGUGGAGAGCAACAGCAGCCAGCUGUUGCUGCGGCGCCACGCGGGCCUGCUGGACGGGCUGGCGCGCAGGGUGGGCGUCCUGGGCGAGGAGCUGGCUGACGUGGGUGGCGUGCUGCGCGGCCUCAACCACAGCCUGUCCUACGAUGUGGCCCUCCACCGCACUCGGCUGCAGGACCUGCGGGUGCUGGUGAGCAACGCCAGUGAGGACACGCGUCGCCUGCGCCUGGCGCACGUGGGCAUGGAGCUGCAGCUGAAGCAGGAGCUGGCCAUGCUCAACGCAGUCACCGAGGACCUGCGCCUCAAGGACUGGGAGCACUCCAUCGCGCUGCGGAACAUCUCCCUCGCCAAAGGGCCACCAGGACCCAAAGGUGAUCAGGGGGAUGAAGGAAGGGAAGGCAGGCCUGGUAUCCCUGGAUUGCCCGGACUUCGAGGUCUGCCCGGGGAGAGAGGUACCCCAGGAUUGCCCGGGCCCAAAGGUGACGAUGGGAAGCUGGGGGCCACAGGACCAAUGGGCAUGCGUGGGUUCAAAGGUGACCGAGGCCCAAAGGGAGAGAAAGGAGAGAAAGGAGACAGAGCCGGAGAUGCCAGUGCCGUGGAGGCCCCGAUGCUGAUCCGCCUGGUGAACGGCUCAGGCCCUCAUGAGGGCCGCGUGGAGGUGUACCACGACCGGCGCUGGGGCACCGUGUGUGAUGAUGGCUGGGACAAGAAGGACGGAGAUGUCGUGUGCCGUAUGCUGGGCUUCCGCGGGGUGGAGGAGGUGUACCGCACAGCUCGAUUCGGUCAAGGCACUGGGAGGAUCUGGAUGGAUGAUGUCGCCUGCAAGGGCACAGAGGAAACCAUCUUCCGCUGCAGCUUCUCUAAAUGGGGGGUGACAAACUGUGGGCAUGCCGAAGAUGCCAGCGUGACAUGCAAUAGACACUGAAAGUGGGCAGAGCUCAAUCUCGGGGUCCCGCACAGAGUGUCCUUGGGGCGGGGCACGGCUUGGGGCUGCCCUGACCAUCCCUUGGCCACACCUGGUCCAGCACUCCCAGUCCUCACACCUGCAUCCCAGGACCGUGGAGGCCGGUCAUCAUUUUCCUAUUGAACAUGUGCUCCAAAGUGUAACUCUGGGACCUACUGCCUGUCUCUCUCUUCCACGAGGUUCCUGCGUGAGGAGCCCUGGUCAACUGGAUCACCACUUUGCCCAGCUUCUGAGCACCAAGCACCAGGCCUCAAUAUCCCAGUUCCCUUUGGUCUUUGAGUUACAGGUGAUCGCUGAGAAUGUGUCAGAGACACGUGCAGCAGCAGAGAUGGGUGGGAGUAUGGGAUCAGUUACUCUUCAGACAAUCCCCAAAUCUCCAUCAGGCCAAGAGUUCCAUCUUCCUCCCCAGCAAGAGGCAAUGCCAAGUGAUCCAUUUCCCCCUUUACUCUGCCUCUGCUCCCCAUUUGCUAGUCUGGGGAAGUGACAUAGAGGAGAAGCCAGCUCUAGGGACAAGAGAGAAAUGCAAGUCACCUCCAGGAAUCCAGCUAGAUGUGGAGAAGGGAAAGAAACUAACAUUGAAUGAUCACCAUGGCAUGCUAAAUAGUAUCUUGGGUGCUAAAUUCAUUUAUCCACUUUGCUGCACUGGCCCAAGGCCUGUCAGUCUGGGUAUGACCUUACCUCUGGGUAGCACUUAACUGGUCCAUUCACCUAGCCUGCAAGUCAGAAGACAGUAACGGAGACCGUGUUUCUGCCUGAACUUAGUGUCUUUAGCAGGCCUGAGCAAGAAGUUUGGGUGCAGGACCCGUGUGACCGGAAAGUUGCAUGCUCCGGAACCUACAGGGUGUGAGUGCAGGUCCAACGUGAUUGGCUUCCAGGCCAACCAUCCAUGUAGGAGGACAGCUGAUUUGGAGCGUGACAUGGAAGCUGCCCAUGUUAAACCUGAGUCCAGGGCUCUGUUACUGGGCAUUCAGGGUUAAUGCCAAGUCAUGUGUGUCUCAGCUAUUUGGAGGUGAUGAUAUUGCAUCUUUGAAGCCUCUCCAGGUGUGACUCUCUGGUCAGGAAAACACAAGUCCUAAUGGAACCCCUAGGGGUGGAAGGAAGCGAAGAUUCCCUCUGACCUCUGGGGGUGGGGAGUGGGAAUAAGGGGCCUUGGGCCUCCACAGGUCUGCAAUCUGCACCCCCUUUCUAGAGACGGGGAGAUCGUGUUCUGCUUUUUACAUGAGGAGCAGAACUGGGCCAUACACGUGUUCAAGAGAUAGGGGAGCUACCUGGUAGCAAGUGAGUGCAGACCCACCUCACCUUGGGGGAAUCACAAACUCAUAGGCCUCAGAUACACAAUCACCUGUCAUAUCAGGUGAGCACUGGCCUGCUUGUGGAGAGACCUGGGCCCUCCAGGUGUAGGACCAGCGAGACUCCUGGCUGACCACUAAGCCAGUGCGGCCCUAGGUCAUUCUUGUUUCCAAUAUGCUUGCUACUCCUUAACGUCCUAAUGAUGAGACUCUCCUUCUGACCAAUUGCUAUGUUUACGCAGCACACAUGUACUCAUGCAUCCUCUUCCAGAGCCAAUAUACGUAUGCAUAUAUAAACAUAGCACUUUUUACUGCAUGGCUCAGCACACUGCAAAGUUUGCAUUAAAAAAAGAAAGAAAAACUGAAGGUGAAAAGAUGCCACAUUGAACAAAUUAAAAUCCCAACCGGGUUCUGGCAAAGAAUCCGGUUAUGCCUUCCAUGAAGACACACACAACUGUCUUACUUGGUCUUUUCAUUGGGGAAAACAGAAUUCUUGUUUUACAUCAGAUAAAACAAAAGGUGUUUGAACCUUAAAAAUGGACGUCUCCUAGUUUACAUACCUACUUCAGAGGACAUGGAAAUGACCAUGUGCCUUCAUUUCAGGGACUGAAGGAAAUUAGGCCUGGCCUAAAAUACAUCAGACCUUUUGUAAGAAAGAAUUUCAAUAAAGCAAGAAACAUGUCACUAACAA